AUGAAGGUGUUUUUUAUUCUAAAAAAUGUCUGCUUUACCAUCAUGCUUCUGAUCCCUCUGUGUUUGCAUACAAAUGCAAAUUUUGGGCAGCGUGAGAUGGACAGUCAUCGCGUCACUAUGGAGAAGAGGUACCAAGAUUGGCUGCAGAAACAUGGAAAAAGUUAUGAAGAUAAAGAUGAAUGGGAAAAGCGUUUCGAGAUCUAUCAAAUCAAUGUAUUGUACAUUGAAUUCUUCAAUAGUAUGAACUUUUCUUACAGACUCAUUGAUAACAAGUUCGCAGACAUGACAAAUAGUGAGUUCAAAUCAAUCUAUUUGCGUUAUAAGAUACACGAGAAUAAGAGGGAGUCACACAAUAACUUCACACUUCAUGGAGUUAGAUUGCCAGAAAGUAUUGACUGGAGAAAGAGCGGUGCUGUAACUCAUGUCAAAGAUCAGGGCAGUUGUGGUAUGAAAUUCUCAACUUUCUUUAAUUCUUUCCAGCAUGAAAGGUCGGGCCAUAUUAACUCCCCGUCCAUGUUUUCAAUUGCAGGAAGUUCCUGGGCAUUUUGUGCAGUGGCAGCAGUGGAAGGUAUCAAUCAGAUUAAGACAGGGAAACUUGAAUCUCUAUCUGAACAACAACUUGUGGACUGUAACAUUGGCCAAGAUAAAGAUGGUUGCGAUGGUGGAUAUACAGAAAAAGCAUAUAAUUUCAUUAAACGAAACGGAGGCAUAACUGCAGAAGAUAACUACCCAUAUGUGGGAAAAUAUGGAAGAUGUGAACCUAUAGCAGAAGAAAGCCAUACCGUUACAAUAAGUGGCUAUAUGAAAGUGCCAGAAGGUGAGGAGUCUCUACAAGCUGCUGCUGCCCAACAACCUGUGGCAGCCGUCAUUGAUGCCAGCAUGGAUGAUUUUAGAUUCUACUCUGAAGGCAUAUUUAAUCCCCUUUGUCCCGAAACACUGAAUUUUGGUGUGACAGUAGUUGGAUAUGGUGAAGAAAAUGAUCAGCCGUACUGGCUUGUGAAGAAUUCUUGGGGCACUAACUGGGGUGAAGCUGGCUACAUCAAAAUGCAGCGAGGGUCUGGAGACAAGAAUGGCAAAUGUGGUAUUGCUAUGAUGGCUAGCUACCCUCUGAAAGACUCUUGA